AUGUCGUUAGUUCGAUGUCGGAUAAAGCGGCUCGCCCAGCUUACAUCGUCGGUAAAACAAGUUACACUCGAGGCUACAGGGGACGAACGCUUUAACUUUCAACCCGGCCAGUGGGUUGAUUUCUUUCCACCAAAUUUUCUCAAUCCAGGAGGUUACUCGAUUUCCUCGUCGCCGAAGGAUGAGGAAAUGGAAUUGGCAAUAAGAGAGGCUCACCACCCGGUGGUCAGGUGGAUUUAUGAAGAAGCAGAGGUUGGAGAUAAAGUUUCGGUUCAAGUCGGUGGCGAUUGGUUCUUGAAGAAAAGAAAGAAUGGACAGAAGAAUCUGCUGCUAAUCGCCGGGGGAGUUGGAAUUAAUCCGAUUCUUUCGAUGCUCAGACAUUUAUCCUCCGACGACGAUGGCUGGGAAAGCAUCACAUUACUGUAUUCGGGGCGUCACUGGGACGAUGUUUUGUAUAAAGACGAGUCGCUUUUGUGCUUGGAAAGUCUGCCACAACUCAACAUUAAAAUAUUUUUGUCAAAUCAACAAUCACUUGGAAACUUGGCCGAUUCUCGUCGCGUUUCUUUUAGAUUGGGAAGAAUAUCGGAAAAAGAGGUGAAAGAAUUCGACAACAGGGAAACAGUAUCGUAUCUCUGCGGACCUCCAGCGAUGAGCGACGAAACCAGAUUCGGACAAAUUAAAAUGCAGAACGACGAAGGACGCGUUGUCGAUCUUUACAUCCCCCGAAAGUGCACCGCCUCCAACCGACUCAUCGGCGCCAAGGACAAGUCCUCUAUCCAGAUCAACUUCUGCGAUGUCGAUCCCGGUACUGGCGUCAUGUUGAAGACCAACACCACCUUCGCCAUUUGCGGAGCUCUCCGCCGAAUGGGCGAAUCCGAUGACUCCAUCUACCGACUCGCUCGAGAACAAGGUCUUGCCAAGUAA